CAGUAAUUCUUCAAUCUCUUUCUCUUUCACUAUAAACAAGUCAGAGAUUCCCUUUCUAUUUUGUAGCGAAAUCAAAGCAACCUUCUAAUAGCAAGUAAAUUAACCACAAUCCAGUAUUGCAAUUACCAAAAGCGGAAGUAUUUAUAUAUUUAUAUAUAUUAACCACAACCAGGUUCAAAAGCACAUAUGGAAAACAACCAAUACACUGUAAAUUAUGAAUAUGGAGAAAUCAACCAUAUUGAUAUUGUAGAAGCUACUAGAGUCGAUAUUUUACUGUAUGAAGAUUCUCGUCUCCAAAAAAUAUUCAAAAAAAAUAAGCCAUAAGGCAUUUAUAACCAUUAGGGAGGGACUAUCACUGAUUGCUGAAGAUGAAGAUAUGGUUGAUUUUCGUGAGAGAGCCAUAAGAUGCAAUUGCAGGAAUAGGUUAAUUUAUAAUCUCCCUUGUCGCCAUAGUCUUGCAGCAUUACAAGAUCGAUUCGUUAAAGUGAAGGAUGUUUCGAGAAGGUGGAGAAUGAUCAGUGAAGCCAAUUCAAAUGAAAGCGUAGCAAGUAUCACUAUGAUUCCCAUUCAAGUGAAGAAGCCUGAGCCUUGGAUGAAGUAUGUCACUCUUUUAGAGUCUGCUUUCAGAGCGUGCGACGGUAAUAGCAACAAAAUGAAGAAGAUAGUGAACGGCGUUGAAGAUGUGUUGUCUAAAGUUCCUGAACUGAAGCACACAUUAAACGAAAAUCCUGACUAUGUUGUUGCUGAUUCUCACCACCUUGAUAUCAUGUCACCCAAAGCAGAAGAUGUAAAUGCACCAGGAAGACCAAGAAAAGCCAGAAGAUUUACAUCUCUUAAAAAAGACUUUAGCAAAGCCAAGUUCCGCGCUCUAUAUGCUUUGUAUGGUAAGCGAGUCAAAGCCAGAAAAAUAUUAAAAAAAAAGCAGAAAAAAAGAAACAACAAAAAAAGAAAAAUUGACGAUGUUGAAGAAGAAAGCAAAAAUUUGAUAGAAGAAACGAGUAGUGGAUCAAGAGCUUUCCUUAAGUCAGAUUACGUUUAUGACGCGAAGUCCUUGUUUGAGAAAAAUAAGAAGGGAAGGAUAGAUAUUAGUGUCUUGUUGUCGACCAAGAGGGAUGCUGUUUUGUACACAUUCGAUCUCAAAGGUGAUGGCUGGUGUGACUACAGAGCAGCUACUGAAAUGGUGGAGAAGAAUGAAAACAUGUUUUCCAGAGUAAAAGAAAUUAUGCUUCAUGCAUUCGAAGAAUACAAAAGCAUAUCCGCGAAAGUUUUUUGUUUCAAGUCCUGGACCGUCUAAAGAAGAACAUCGAAA